GGGAUAUCACUGGGCUCAGAGAAAGAUCUGUGAGUGUGCAUGGUGCCACUUUGUCCCAUGGCUGAUGAUGGUUUUCCAAAAAUUUAUUCACAUCCACCAACAGAAAGCAGUAAGACAAUAACUGAAGCAGCCAUUCUCUUUGGGACUGACACUAUCCCUAGAUCAGAAACAACUAUUGCUUCAGAAGGAGACCACAUUACUUCAGUAAGUGACUAUAUACUGGAAUGUGAUUUUUCAACAAUUACAAGCAAUUGGUUUCCAUCUCAAAAGGAAAGACUAAAUUCAGAAGAGAAUAUGGAGUCCUAUAUUAACUCGUCAACCAAUCUGGAGAAAGAAAUUGCCACUCUGACCAGCACUACAAGCUCCAUGGCUAAUGACUCUAUUACUGAAAAUGUCAUUCCAGUGAAAAUUGGUAAUAUCUCAUCACCAGUCACUUCUGUUUCUUUGAUAGAUUUUUCCACUAGCAUGGCAGAAAAAGAUAUUCUCUUGGAUACCAUUGAUCCAGGAGAUAAAGAUGUCCCAAUAACUUCUGAAGUCUCCGCUUCACUAAAGAAAAGCACUUCCAGUGUUAAUGACAUCCCUGCUCUUCCAGCUAAGGGACAACUUGAUGUCCACAAUUAUAGUCCCUCAGUGAAAUCCGAUGUCAGUGCUGAUGAAGUUGUCCAGAUGACUGACUCUUCUAUUCCUGACACCAAAAUUGCUCCAACUCCUGAAAAAAACUUCGUUCCAGACAUAAGUACCUUUACAGAAGAGAAAAUAACUGAAAUUGACUUAAUUCUUCCGAAAGAUGACCCCAGUGCUGAUUCUGAUGAAGAAAAGUUCAUCACUGUGUUUGAAUUUACUACCACUGACAAAGGAGACCAGAAUAAUCCAGAAGAUAUUCUGUUAACUGAUGAAGAGUCUAUGGGUGGAGUUGAUGUUUGGAUGGAGAGAGAAUUUGCCAGUGAAGCAGAUAGCCAUCCUGUUUUGCUUACUGCUAUUGAAUCCAAAUACGACUUCGUUGUUUCUAAAACAGUACCUUUGAACCUCUUGGAAGAUUCAUCUCCUACAAUGAAGGAAGAUUUGUCUGAAAAUAACAAAAUGGAACCUGUAACUGAGGCUACUGAGGCAUUUUCCAAAACUACCCUUGAUCUAGAUAAUCCAAGCCAAAAGGAAGACACUUUUACAACUGAAAUGGAUGUCUUUAAACUACUGAAAGAAGAGCCAAAUAAGUUCCUGAUUUGA